CUAGACACAAACGGUCAGUCAAGCCCGGAGCACUACGGAUUCCAGACAGAAUCAGACAGAGAUGGCAUCUCCAUCUUCGGGCCGAAGGACAUAUGGAUCGACCACUACACCCUUUCACGGUGCAAGGACGGUCUGAUCGACGCGGUGAUGGGGUCCAUAGGGAUAACCAUCAACAACAUGCUCUCCCACCACAACGAGGUCAUGCUACUCGGACACAGCGACGACUACCUCCCUGACUCUGGAAUGCAGGUCACCAUCGCCUUCAACCACUUCGGGGAGAAGCUCGUCCAGCGCAUGCCCCGCUGUCGAAGGGGAUACAUCCACGUCAUCAACAACGACUUCACCGAGUGGGAGAUGUACGCCAUUGGUGGCAGCGGCGAGCCCACCAUUAACAGCCAGGGUAACCGUUACAUGGCACCGGAAAAUCCCUUCGCUAAGGAAGUUACUAAGAGAGUCGACACGCAACAGUCCAAGUGGAAGGGAUGGAACUGGCGCUCCGAGGGUGACAUUCUCCUCAACGGGGCCUUUUUUGUUGCGUCUGGUGAAGAACUUGAAGUCAACUUCAGCUCUCGAGCUAUUCCCCUUAACCACAAUGCUUCUUUUAUUGCUUCUGUCAAAGCAAUAUACUUUGCUUCAGUAGUGGACAAUGCAACCACCUUCUAA